CAUUCUCUGUGCAAAGAUUUUAAAUGCAUGCAGGUAAUGUGAAUAUAGAUGCAUGCUCUACUCAUCGCAUUGAUGUGCCCAGGGUACAGCGACCUAGCAAAGUACGUCCAGAGUGCCAUAGAGGCCAAAUAUUUGAACAAUUGCCUGACAAGACGAGUUGGCUUUGUGCUGCAGCACGGCUUCACAAAACGAGCAAGCUGAUGCCGCCGUUCUGUCUUGCCCUGCCGGUACGCCACAUAACACAGGAUGGCAGUAUUGACACAGAAACGAAGGCCAUCACUAGUGUUUGUGCACUGAUUUGUGUGACCUUUUCCUCUUCCACGGGGUGAAUGACAGGAGCCCAACUGACCCUUAACUUAAUUAACGGACCGUCCCAUGCCUCAGGCUGAAUUAUGAGUCCCUGUCGAAGCUUGAUAAGAAUUGCAGAGUCGCACUCUUCCACAACAGCUAUUUCCUCUGCUGUCUUGGGGAUUUUCAGUAAGCCUUGAACCAACAUUACCCAUAGAAUCUAUCAGCCAGUGUUUCAUUAGACAAAGGAGUAUGAACAUGUAGACAUUGUGUUUCAUGAUGGAUGGGUGACUUAUCAGCUGGGGGUUCCUGGGGUUUUAUUGGUAGAGUUAAACUCAAGUUGUGUAUCUGAACGGUUUUCUGGAGCCAGUUGUGACUGAGGAGAAAUAUUUUAAAUGUCUCAUUUUACCCACGAUGUUAGGUAGUAAUAGACCAUUAUACACAUAACUGACAGUGUCCAAUAACGCAACAGAUUGGAAUAUGCUUUUCCUACUCAGACAGUUUUGUGGGGAAAAAAGUGACCUAGUGCUGACCACUUUUUUGUGAGUUUUUACAGAAAUUGAUUGAAUGAUCAUCCUACUUUUAUUGGAAAUUAGCGUGUGUCCUCAUGCCUCUCCAACUCAGGAGCGGAAUGAUAGAUGGCGCUGAAACUGAAUCAGAAGAAUUGGAUCGAAUUAUAAAAUGAAUGACAGCUCGUAUUCUCUUGUGCUAAUGACAUAAAAACAAAGUUUUAUGGAGGUUGUACGUGCCAUUUCUGUAGGAGAUCGAGUUACGAUUAUUAUGUGUUAUGUUAUGAUAAAUUACUUAUAGUAAAAUGCAAUGAAGCAGACCAGUGAAUGUAGUGAAACUGAUGUCUGAGAAGUAAAAGUCAAUCAUGGUUUCUGUUUUGUCAUUUUUCUUGUUUCUGGAUGAGAAUAGGGACAGCUACAGUAGGUGUUGUGAAAAAUGUGGAAAUGUAAUGGUCUUGUUUCUGGCAAAGUUUCUUGUUCUCUUCUUCUUUGCCAAAGUGACAAAGAGCGCAGAUAAAAAGAGAAGAACCAUGCCGGGCUUGAUAAAUGUCGAGAAGCGGAGUGCCCUACCACUCAGUGUCUCCGAAAUUACAUCCUGUGUCAGAGGAUACACCCUAGCAAUGACAGCCUCCAUGACGUACAACAACUUCGAGGACCACCCUAUUGAAGGCAUCUUCAUCUACCCUUUGGAUGAAUGUUCAACAGUAGUAGGAUUCGAAGCCAUGAUCUCUGACCAAAUCAUAACAUUGCAGAUCAAGGACAAGACCAAAAUUGAUGACUGUUACUUUGAUUGCUGUUCGACUGCUAAUGAAGCUGUUCAGAGUGGCACUGGCAGAAUUAUGCUGGAUGAGGACCUGGAGCGGACGGUGCUGGUGGUUAACCUGGGCAUCAUACCUCCCUUAGAGACUGUCAACGUACUGGUCAGCACGUCCUCUGAGCUGCCCACUCUUCCCAAUGGAGCCAUCAGGGUCACCUCCCCACCUGCGUGUACUCCCAAUGUCCAGAAGUCUGUCAGUGAGGAACACUGCUUCAGCCCAAGCCUAGCUAGAGUAAGGGACAGGCACCACUGCACCCUCAGCCCACAUGACCAGACCCUGGCAAGCAGCCACCUCUGCCUGGCCUGGCUACUGGAGGAAGAGCAGCUCAAUUCCAUCGACUAUGAGUUCAACUUUCGGCUGGAGAUCCGGGGCCCUUGCCUGCUUGCCGGUGUUGAAAGCCCAACUCACGCCAUUCGGGCCGAUGCAGAGGCUUCAGCCCGCUCUGCCACUAAUGUUGUUGUGACUUUGGCAGACAAGUACACUUACGACUACCCUGUGGAGAUCAUCAUCUACUUAAGUGAGCCACACGUACCGCAUGUUCUGAUUGAGGACGGCGACAUGACGCUUGAGGAAUAUGACGAGCACCUAAAAGGCAGGAGUGACUUCAUCAAAGGCACCAAGAAGGACUCCAGCAAUGAGAAGAAAGUGGAGAUUCUCCGCAAACGACUCCAUAAAGAUAUCCUCCACAACCCUGUGGUCAUGCUCAACUUUUGCCCCGACCUCACGACUGUGACCUCUGAUUUGAGGAGGGUACAGGGGGAGUUCAUCUUCCUGAUUGACCGCAGCGGCAGCAUGAGUGGGAUGAAUAUCAGCCGUGUGAGGGACGCCAUGGUGGUGAUACUGAAGAGCCUCAUUCCAGCCUGCUUAUUCAACAUCAUAGGCUUUGGCUCCACAUUCAAAUCUCUGUUUCCAUCUAGCCAAGUGUAUGGUGAGGAGACACUUGCCGUUGCCUGUGAACACAUCAGGCAGAUGCGAGCUGACAUGGGCGGGACCAACAUUCUGGCUCCUCUCAGCUGGAUCCUCAGGCAGCCUCUGCACCGGGGUCACCCCCGUCUGCUUUUCCUGCUGACCGACGGCGCGGUCAGCAACACGGGGAGUGUCAUGGAGCUGGUCCGCAGCCGUGCCCGAUUCACCAGGUGCUACACCUUUGGGAUUGGUCAGAAUGCAUGCAGGAGGCUUGUGAUUGGUCUAUCCACUGUAUCCAGAGGAACUGCUGAGUUUCUGGCAGAGGGAGAGAGACUGCAGCCAAAGAUGGUGAGGUCUUUGAAAAAAUCCAUGUCUCCAGUGCUCAGUGACAUUUCUAUCGACUGGCUGUUCCCCGAAACCAAAGAGGUUCUGCUGUCCCCUGUGGGCUCUACGUUCUUGUUUCCUGGGGACCACUUGAUUGGCUACAGUGUCAUUUGUGACACAACACGUUACCAUCCCAACCCAAAGUCUGACAAGAGGCGACGUUACAGCAUGAUGCGUUUGAACGAGUCAAGCAGCUCGGUGUUCUACCACUCCCAAGAGGAGGAAUCAGAGAAAACUGGCACGGAAAGCCGGACAUUGCUGCGAGAGGAGGCUGCCAGAUCCCCUAGCGACAGUUACCAGGAGAUCGUGUCAGAGGGCAGCCCAGUUACCAAAGAGCAGGAUUUGAUUGGAACUGACAUGAAAACCUCACCUAGAAGGAGGGCAUAUAGCACCAAUCAGAUUGUGGACUAUAACCCUCUGAGGAAGGUGCACACUCCGAGUGACCCAAGCUCAGUCAUGGGUAAGAACCCACUGAGGAGGACCAAGAUCCAGGAACUGAUCAGCUAUCCUAGCCAAGCCCAUGGGGCCCAAUGGAUGAGUGACUAUCAGCCACAGCUGGCGAGUCUGUGCUCCGCCUCGAGCAGAUGUCGGUCUAAUGCCGGACAAAGGCCACUUCAGCUGCAACAUGAAGAGCUUACCCAGGACCCAGAGGUGGAUCAGCUGCAUCAGUGCGCCAGCGUCCAUGCGGUCCGAGGAACCGCAGUCGAGGAAGGCUCCAGGUCCUCCACGGACAGCCCUUCCGUGAGCAGUGGUGGAGAUCCAGAAGGCUACACUCAUCAGUUCUGUGAAUUCGAAAUGCCCCCGGAGCUGCCAACUCCAGACAGAGACCCCAGCAAAUCGGGGAGGAAAGACUGCAAAGCAGUAGUCACAGGACUUCUCUGUGGGAAGCCAGUUAAGUGGGAGGUCGUGUUUGAUAUUGAUCCGCACCUGAACGGAAGAGAACGGGAAGAGAAGGUUCAUGAAGACUUGUGGAACGAAACUUUUCAUCAUUUGGCGGGGAGGUCCAUCAUUCAGGACUUUGAGCAAAUGGCAGACAAAGAGUGUGAGAUUGAGCAUGGUUCAAGCAGGAGACACCAACUUUAUGCCAUUCAAACCAGCAAGGCCUGUAACAUUCUGAGCAAAUACACAGCGUUUGUGCCCAUAGAUCUGGACACGAAUGAAUAUCUACGGACCAACAUUGAAUACACAAGCCCAGGAGACACAUCAAGGCAGAGCAGUCAUUCUGGCUCGCGUUCUGGGAGCCGAAAGAACCGCAUGUACUCCCGGGGACUGGGUCGCUCCCAGUCGGACUGUGUGUCUGAAGGGGCUGAGGAAGUCUUGACGGCCAUAAAAACAGACUAUAAUGAAGCCACAUCCCCCUGCAGCACAUCCUCACCUUCUGGAUGGGAGAGGUUUAGCUUUAAUGAAGUGCUGUCAAGGAGCCCUUCAACGGCCUCUGAACACUCCCAAAGAUCAGUGGAGAGUCUCUUCUCUGCCAGACUGAGUCUCAGCAGGGUGCGAAUGUUAACACGGGCCGCACAGGGGUUCAUGUCCCGGUCACCCAAGACCAGCGAAUCGAUGGGCGACAGUGAGAAUGAGAACAAGGACUACAUCCCUCUGGUGUCCUUGCAGUUAGCCUGCGGGGCGUUCUUACUGAACAGCGCCCUGUGCGAGGCCAUCAACGUGCCCAUGGACAAGCUGAGGUGGACCUCCCCCUUCGCCAGCCACCGAGGAAGUGUGGCGCACGUCUCCCAGUUCAGCAGCCGUGGGACAGAGAGCAGAGGCAAGGGGGAUUCCAGGCGGGCCGUGUCCCCACCAGAGCUCCGCUCGAAAGAGGAGGCUGCAGGGCAGCUACUGGAGGAAAAAAGCUCGAGCCAACCCCACCACAUGAGACGUCCCCAGACUGAAAUCGAACCCUCCCUGCUGACAGCCUCCGUUCACGGCUGCGUUCCACCCGAGCCCCCUCACUCACCCGUGAACUCGCAGACGGACAGUGGGCGCGGCUCCGAGUCCGAGGGUGUGGAGACUCCUCCGGGCCGGCCUGGGAGCCUGUGGGGCUUCUCGGAGCCGGAGGGUGCUGUCUGGGCUACGGCGGUGGCGCUGGCCUGGCUGGAGCACGGCUCGGCCAGCUACUUCAUCGAAUGGGAGCUGGUGGCCGCCAAAGCCAGCAUGUGGCUCAGCAGCCAACCCAUUCCUGAGGGCCGGGAUCUGGCAUCUGUCAAGACCGCAGCCAAUCAGCUGUUUGUCAUCCUCAGACACUGGGAUGAAAACCUGCAGCUCAACAUGCUCUGCUACAACCCCAACAGUGUCUGAGUAUACCUGCAUACAUAGCGGUGUUUUCUUUGGCGUAUGUGUUUGCUGGAAAAGGCCUGUGUGAUUCUGAUCAGUUUGAAGUGGCUCUGUUUUUAUUCCAGUAUGGUGACUUGUUCUGGUGUUGGCUAUCUUGAUGUUAUACGAGGUAAAGAAAAAAAAAAGAUACUGCAAUUUAAAAAAAACGCUUUAUCACAAAGGGCAUGAUAAAAGCAGAAGUAUUUUCUAAGUGCAAAAGAGCAGAAAGUAUUGAUCUUACUAUGUGCCUGGAUUUGCCAGUGGUUAUGGCAAAUAGUCAUGGCAAUUUGUUUGAGCAUUCAUUUAUCCUGUUACAGUACACUUAGGAAAGCAUUUUUGUCCCUCUUUACUGUAGCUUGAUAAUAACCUGUGAUGCAAACAGCAAUUAUGCCAUGGUUAUUUUGCAUUUUGUACGUGUAUCUUUAGUGAUCGUUUGACCUUUGAACUGUGGUGUAAUUUUGCAAAUUGUAACACAUCACAUGGAUCAAAUUGUAGGGGCUUACUCACCGAUGUCCUUUACAGCCGAUUCGUGUGAAUACAAAAAGCCAAAAAUCAUGGUCCAAAAAUCAUGCUAAAUGACUUGUUGCCUGUCCAUACAGUGGUAGUCAAAUGUGUUUACUUAUGUUUAAAAUUGUGUUUUUCUGCUUAGCACUGACUGGCGCAGUUGGUUAAGAUACUUAUCUUGAGUGCAUGCUCAGCUCUACAGAUCAUUGUUAGUGGGCAUUUACAUGUUAAAUAUGACUGGGAGGCCUAAGACAGUAGCACCAGCUGACAAUAUUUAGCCAAUGGAAUGAAAGGACUAGAUUGCUGCAGAGUACAAUGCAGUGUUAGCUCAUGAGAGUUUUACUUACACAAAAUUGGUCUGAGAUCAGUAGGAAAAAUGAUUUGUUCAGAGAGAUAGCCAAUCAGAUUGUAGAGGAGAUGGCCUAGAGCAGUGGUUCUCAAUCCUGUUCCUGGCGACCCGCCUGUUUUUGUUCCAACCCUAGCUUAAUCAGGCUUAUAUGGUCCUUAAUAGGCUAAGGCGGUUUCAGACCGAACACGGCGAGCACUACGCUGCGCUCCGUGCCUUUGUUGAACUUUGACCGCUGCACGAUGUGACUCAUUGCCUCGCGAUCAAUAGAAACAAGGCACCGAAUCGGGCACAGAAAGCUAAUUGGAGGAAAAACUUAUAUUGUCCGUGUCUGAGUUCCCAGAGUUAUAUCACACAAGCGUAGAAUCUUUUUUAAUGCGAAAUAUACAUCGUCGCUACUGACCGCGAGCCAAAAUGACAGGAGAUAGUUUUGAAAACCACGCCUACUGUUUGCAUAGAAGCAUCGCGGCUUCAGUCCUCCUGCAAACUUCCCAGUGGUAUACUGGAGGAAAUAAGAAUGAAAUGGUUAAGGGCUGGUGAAUUGGAGAAGCUUGUGUCGGUUCUAUCAUCUACUUCUUGGCAGGUGAAGGGAGUCACUGCGGAUAGAAAAGUAAGAUAAUGAAAAUGAAGAAGGCAAUUAGAAAUUAAAAAAGUCAUUAAAAAACAAGGUGGUAAACAAACAACUCUUGACAAGAAGCUGGAGAGCAAAAAGAAUCCAACAGCUCUGUAAGAAUCAGUAGUGUGGAGCAGCACAUUUUUGGGACAAAUCUAUUACAGAGCGAAAAUGGGAUGUCAGUUUAAGGUAAAUAAAAAGAGCUGGAGGUGACAGCUCAGAUGUAAACCUACAACUGAGCCAUGGCUAACAGGGUGAGAUCAGGGGCAGAUUAAUGCAUAGGCUAUAGCCUAGGGCCUCAGUAAACAACAGGGCCCCACUUCACCUCGGGAUAAAUGGAAAGCUUAUUUAAACCAGCAACUUCUGAGUCUCCCAUACUGAUGACAAACUAGGGCCCCCAAGAUAAUCCGCCCUUGGGUACUAUGCUUUUAAGAUAACAUCAAAAAGACUCACAAAGUCUGAACUCCACUAAUCUUGAUGACAAAUAAAAUCCAUGAAGUAUAUAAAAGUUUAAAACAAUUCAAAAUAAGUAUGCAGCAAAUUUAUUGUGUGGGUGCAGAUUAUCAUACAAUCAACAGAAAAUCAGUAAACAUAAUCAAACCUACAUUUUACACUUCACAAAUUCUCUGCAAUUAGGUGCCAAUUAUUGUGUGUGUUAGUUAGCUGUUAAUUUAAAAAAAUCGUUCAAAUGAAUUAAAAUCAAUUAAAAUGAUUUCAUUGAAAUAUUAAACGGUACCGUGAUGAUUUAAACAAGUUGGAAACAAAAGGGAUACAGUAUCUCUUCUCUAUAAAAUUGUGGGGAAAGAUGGACAGAAGCUGGGUCUUCUUUAUACUAACAUUGAAUAUUUAUUGCCACACUUGUCUGAAAGUAUGCAUAAAAGUGCAAGGUAAUUCAACUAUUAUCACUAUAUCCUUGUCUGCACUGAUAAUAAAAAUAUGUAUCAUUAAUUUUCAUUAAUGUUUGCUUAUGCUAAUGAAGUUCGUAUCUGCCAAGGAAUGCAAACACCUCACUGACAUUUGCCUUCACAUCUGUAACUGUAGGGAAUAGGCACAUGAAAAUGUCGCUUUCCAGUGUUGGUUAAAGUACACCUUUAUCUAGGAUGCUUUGUAUUGUCUAAAACAGUAUCAAGUAAGUCAAGAGAUCAGACAUCUGUGAUUAAUAUAUUAAUAUUCUGUCUGUGUGCUCUUUUGCCUCAAGUGCCUACAGUAUCUACAAUGCUUUGGUGUUAAUUACUGCAUGUCCCUGGUUAUUUUAUAUAUCUAGAAAUCAAUCUUGGAUUCUAUUCCAAGAUAUGGAGCUACCUGCUUUGUUUGUUUGUUUGUUUUUUGUCUUGUCAGUUCUCAACCAGACAUAUUUCAUUGCAUUCAUUAAAAUGGUAAACAUGUUUUGAUACUCUUCUGAAAAAUUAUCUACUCAUGAAAUCCCACUGAAAUCAAUUUAUUAUUUUUAAGGUUUACCUCUCACCAUAAUCUUGUGUUUAAUAAACAAUAACAAACCACAUCUGAAUCAUAUUUUUAAAAGUACAGAAAUUGAAUUAAGGUCAAAUGAAAAUUAUAAGGAGUUUUUCUGUUUCAUUUAAUUAUUUUUAAAAUUAAUGAAUCAAUUCAUAUUUAAGUUAACCAGUCACUAUCAUGUUUCUUUACAGGCUAUAUUCAUCAUAUUGAUAAACUCAAAUAAUACAUAAUCAAUAUGAAAUGUUGGUUUUUAAAUAUUCUUUUGGGUAAUAACGACACAGUUUGCCUUGGAAAUAUGCACAGCCAGUCAUACAUUAUAAGUGUGACCACUUACAUGCAUGCAAAACAUACCUGUACAAAAAAAAAAACAAUGACUGAAGUGUGUUAUUGGUUGACUUGACCAAAUCAGCAGUGUGUAAUUCUGAUAUGCUGUUAAUUUGUAAGUAAUGAUUUCUGGGGCAUUGUGUGAUUAGAAAGUGUGCAUCAUGGUGUUUAAUAGGAAAACACCAAACUUCAUUCAUGCUGCUUAGUCCAGCUGCAGAGAGUUUGCUGGUGUGCAUGAAGUCGCUUGUCAGCGUAAGUCCAGGGAGUGUCACGCUGUAAGGCCAUUCUGUUGUGGCCAUGGUUACCGGAACCCAUCAAGGUUGAAUUGUGUUUCUCAAGUGCUUGUGCGUUUUGGAAAAAAAAAUGGUGUAGACUGUUUCAAUGCUGUUAAGUGCUGGUGGUGCUGGUUUAUAAAAUUCCUGUGGUGUGAUGGACUGUGCCACUGCAUGUAAUAACAUUAAAGUUUCAAAGGAG